AUGGCUGGAGCUGGCAUGAGUGGCCAUGCCGCCUCCGCUUUGGACUACUACAGCACGGUGCUGAACAAGCUCAAGUGGUCCGUUCGGCGAUGGCGCAGGCCACCUUGGGCAGGGGCGGCGUUCGGCGAUGGCUGCGCACAAUGGCCAGCGCUCGUCAUGGGGGCAGUGCUCGAGAUGGUGAGGUUGACGCUCGAAGGGGAUGAGGAGAAGCUUAAAGUGCUUGAGGAUGAGAAAUCAAAUGGAAAUUGGUACAAGGAUUAA